AUGGCUGCCACUGUCGUCCGCACCGUCGGUUCCCUGCGACUCGCUGCGAGCUUCCUGCGAUCCUCUACCUGCCGCACGACGUCUGUCGUACGCGUCGCUGUAGCGCCAUGCCGGGCGAUCAGUCACAGCCAAUCAGCGAAGCCGCGGUCACGAGGGAUCCACUCUGCAGCCAAUCAAGGCCGACCAUCCACGCGGCUCCGCGCAUUUGAGGUCUCCGGACCUGGCGCCGUGAACUCCGCAACGGCCACCGCCAUGCGAGAAAAGAUCGCCCUAGCUCUGGAGGCUGACAAUGUGACUGUUGUGGAUGUCAACGGCGACGGUCAGCACGUUAGCAUUGAGGUGGUGUCGAAGCUGUUUGAGGGGAAGCGCAGCUUGGACAGGCAGCGCAUGGUGUAUCGGGCAAUCUGGGAGGAGCUUCAAGGCGCAGUGCACGCCUGCCUCCUCUUCUUCCCUUCACCCUCACCCUCCCUUUCUUUACGCCCCUUUUUUCCCUUUGGCGCCUUCCCUGACUCUCACAGCAACCCCCCCGCUGACAAUCAACGGCCAAGAUUACUCCAACGGUGCCGUGAUCAAUUCAGCCGUGUCGCCCGCCAAUGUUGGCCGGCGGACGCUACCGGCUGGCCUCCCGCGGAGCCGCGGCGUUGCUGGGGACUUGACGGCGGCACGUUAACCCCCGACUCGGAAAACGACGGUGAUUCGGGCGGCCUUGUAACGGCCCGAGACGGCACCGCCGGCGGCGCUGCGGUCAGCAUCCGCGAAGCUGACGCGUCUGCUGCGGGUGCUUCUGGUGGUUCCAGUGCUGCUGGUGAUGGCAAUGAUAGCGCUGGUGGUGGUGCCUCCUCCUCAUCGCGCAAGCAGCAUCGGCGAUCGCACAGCAAGUCGUCUAAGUCCGUCGAUUGGUCGCUAACGCCCUGUAACUCCGUCGCGGAUUUCGCCGACCUGAAAAUGGUCGGGCGAGGGCGGUGGGCGACCGUUUACGCCGCGACACACUGCAGGACGGGUCGGAGGGUCGUGCUGAAAAUUUAUUCUGCCCGGCAUCAGACGGCUGCGAUGCAGAAGCAGGUCGAGCGGGAGAUCUGGUGUAUGCGCCAGACGCGGGGACACAAGCACGCUAUCGGCUUUCUCGGAAGCUUCGUCGACGAUGCGAGCAGGAUUGAGAGUGCGAUCGACGCGAACAGCAGGGGAGGCGGGAAAGGGAAGCACCGGUUAGGUCACGGCGCUAUUUUCCGCAAGAGUGGCGGGAAGAGCGGGAGAAAAAGCGCGGGAAAAAGCGGGAGGAAAAGCGGGGGGGAAAGCGGGAGGAAGAGCGGGGGGAAGAGUGGGGGAAAGAGCGGCGGCGGGCGGGGGAGUGUGGGUGGGGGGAGUCGGGGGAAGCACAGGCGGAAGCAGACGGUGAUCGUGGAGGAAUUUGCGGCGGGAGGGGACGUUUACCAGAGGCUGAUGAACGAGUUUUGCGGGCAGAUGCCGGAGGCGAUAGUCGUUCGCGAAAUCAUGUCGCCGCUGUUACAAAUCCUGCGAUAUCUGCACGCGAACGCCAUCAUCCAUCGCGACGUCAAACCAGAAAAUAUUCUGUUCGCCGCCGACGGGCAGCUGAAACUCGCCGAUUUCGGCCUCGCGAUCUGCACGAUGCGCGAUCUGCCCGGCGCGCGCGUCGGCACACUCGAUUACAUGGCGCCCGAGCUGCUUCAGUCUAUUCCUUCCGCUUCCGCUUCCGCUUCCGCUUCCGCGACUGCUUCUGCGACUGCGACUGCUUCCGCGGAUGGCGCUAGCGCGGGCGCCGGUAGUGCUGCGCGCGGCAGUUCCGCGGAACCCGCGGAGAUCUUCGCCACAAUCACACCCUCCUAG